AUGGGCCCGCCGCAUCCAAGCCUGGCUCACGAGGACGACGACCUCGAGGAGCUCGCCCGCCUCGGCGAGGGUGCCGGCGGCACCAUCUACAAGGUCAGGGUGAAGCGGACAGGCCAGAUCAUCGCCCGCAAGACGAUCACCACGCUCGAGGCCCCCAUGAAGCAGCUCAUGCGCGAGAUCAAGAUCACGUUGAGCACAUCUCACCACAACAUCGUCCGCUCCCUCGGCGCAUACCUCUCGCCCUCCUCCAGCGAGGUCAAGUCCGCCGGUAAGCGUCUCAAGGAGACCGACAAACACGUCGCCGAGAACGUCGCAGGGCGGAUGGCCGAGGGCCUCAUCAACUCCAUGGCAGGCACCUUCACCAGCACCAGUCCCUACAUGGCGCCGGAUCAACUGUCCGGGCACGAAUACACCAUCCGAUCGGACGUCUGGACGAUGGGCAUCUCCCUCCUUGAGCUGGUCCAGAACCGCUUCCCCUUCCCUAGCGAUCUUGCUGUGAUUGAGCUCACAAUGUACAUCACCCAGUACGAGCCGCCAGAGCUAGAGGACGAGGGCCCGUUCACCUACAGCGCUGAGAUGAACGAGUUCAUCAAGCUAGCGUACGUCUCCCGUCGUCAUCCCCAUCCUCACCCAUGGAUCAAGAACGUCAUGCAGCACGAAGCCGACAUGGCUAUUUGGAUUCGCAAGGUCUUGCCGGCCUGGCCCAAAAGCAGGUCAUCAGGCGAGAUGUAA